AGUACCGUAUAAAUAUAGUCUGUCACAUUGAGACCCAAGUCGCGAUCUCAGUGGAAACAGUUACGUCGGCGUUUUAAUACGCACCACUCCACCAAUCGGAGCCUCCACAACUCGCUGUCGCUUCCACAACUCGCUGGAGGUUUGGACUCCGAUCACUUGUGGGCGAUCUCUCUCUGAAUUCAUCCCCCAUUUCUCAUAAUGGAACAAACUUAGGGUUUCCAAAACCCAGCAAGAGAGAGAAAGAGAGAUGUCUCGCCACGCGGGCUCGACGGCUUUCCACAAAUCGAAAACUCUCGAUAACAAAUACAUGCUUGGAGAUGAGAUUGGCAAAGGAGCAUAUGGCCGAGUUUACAAGGGUUUGGAUUUGGAGAAUGGAGAUUUUGUUGCGAUUAAACAAGUUUCUUUGGAAAAUAUUGCUCAGGAAGAUCUCAACAUUAUCAUGCAAGAGAUUGAUUUGCUCAAGAAUUUGAACCACAAAAAUAUUGUGAAAUAUCUUGGGUCCUUGAAGACGAAGACUCAUCUUCACAUAAUUCUUGAGUAUGUGGAGAAUGGCUCACUUGCAAACAUCAUUAAGCCAAAUAAAUUUGGUCCAUUUCCAGAAUCAUUGGUGGCUGUUUACAUCGCUCAGGUAUUGGAAGGCUUGGUUUACCUACAUGAGCAGGGUGUAAUUCAUCGGGAUAUUAAGGGUGCAAAUAUAUUGACAACCAAAGAGGGACUCGUGAAACUUGCAGAUUUUGGUGUUGCAACAAAACUAACUGAGGCGGAUGUCAAUACACAUUCGGUUGUUGGAACACCAUAUUGGAUGGCCCCUGAGGUGAUCGAAAUGUCAGGGGUUUGUGCUGCAUCUGACAUAUGGAGUGUUGGCUGCACUGUGAUUGAGCUUCUUACAUGUGUACCUCCGUACUAUGAUCUCCAGCCUAUGCCAGCUCUCUUUCGGAUUGUGCAGGAUGAGCAUCCUCCAAUACCAGAUGGCCUUUCUCCUGCCAUUACUGAUUUUCUGCGUCAAUGCUUUAAGAAGGAUGCUAGGCAGAGGCCUGAUGCAAAGACUUUGCUUUCGCACCCUUGGAUGCAGAACUCAAGGCGUGCUCUGCAAUCCUCUCUCCGUCAUAGUGGAACAUUGAGAAACAUGGAGAAAGAUGGUUCUGUGGAUACAGAUACUUCUAAUGGAGAUGAUCAAAGCACCAGUGAGGGCCCUUCUGUUGAGAAAGUAAAAGGCUCUAGUAAAGAGUUGUUACCCAAGGCUGCUGAUAUUAGCAAGUCUGAUGUGGAUAAUGAUUCAAGUUGUAAUCCCGUUGAGGGUAGAUCAGAUAAUUCUGAUGGUGUUUUGUCUGAUCAAGUUCCCACCUUGGCUAUCCACGAAAAGUCACCACUACAAGUUAGUUCUGUUACACCGUCUGCUAAUGGUGAAGUGGUUCCCUCUCUUCCGGCGGAGCUGCAUGAGUCACUACACAUGCGUGGCAAGGAUGAAGUGUUGACUAAUGGUGUGUUGGCUCCUCAUGAGUCAAGAAAGGGAAACACCGUAGCUAGAAAACAUGAAGGGAAGGGAAGUUCUGCCCAUGUUGAGCAUAGUUCAUUUGAUUUUGGAAAUUCUCAAAAGGCUGCCAAGGCAUCAGUAGCUCUUGGAGAAAAUGAGCUGAGUAGAUUUAGUGAUACUCCUGGAGAUGCUUCAUUGGAUGACUUAUUUCACUCACUUGAGAAAAACCUGGACAAUCAAAAAGCAGAAGCCUCAACAUCUGCAUCCUCAUCACAUGUGAAUCAAAGCAAUGCUUUUGUAGUGGACCCUGGAAACAAUGACCUGGCAACAAAGUUAAGGGCUACAAUUGCUAUAAAACAAAUGGAGAACGAAACAGGGCAGACAAAUGGCGGCAACCUAUUAAGUUUAAUGAUGGGCGUUUUAAAGGAGGAUGUAAUCGACAUUGACGGUUUGGAUUUCGAUGAUAAAUUGCCUGCAGAAAAUAUUUUUCCUCUACAGGCUGUUGAGUUUAGUAAAUUAGCUGCGUUAUUGAGACCGGAUGAACCAGAAGAUGUGAUCAUAUCUACCUGUCAGAAAUUAGUAAAUUUCUUUCACCAGCGUCCUGAGCAGAAAAUUGUUUUUGUCACUCAGCAUGGUUUGCUCCCUCUAAUGGAACUACUUGAGGUUCCUCGAACUCGUGUAAUAUGUUCGGUGCUGCAAGUUCUGAACCAGAUCAUUAAAGAUAAUAGCAAUUUUCAGGAAAACGCUUGCCUUGUUGGCUUCAUUCCCGUUGUGAUGAGCUUGGCUGUUCCGGAUCGUCCCCGGGAAGUCCGUAUGGAAGCAGCUUAUUUCUUGCAGCAGCUUUGUCAGUCCAGUUCCUUGACAUUGCAAAUGUUUAUUGCUUGCCGUGGAAUACCGAUUUUGGUGGGAUUUCUGGAGGCUGAUUAUGCAAAAUUUAGGGAAAUGGUUCAUUUAGCUAUUGAUGGCAUGUGGCAGAUCUUUAAGCUUCAAAGCUCAACUCCCAGAAAUGAUUUUUGUCGUAUAGCUGCAAAGAAUGGAAUAUUAUUUAGGCUUAGCAAUACUCUUCAUAGCUUGAAUGAGGCAACUCGACUAGCUUCCAUAUCAGUUGGUGGUGGAUUCCCGGCAGAUGUUUUGGCUCCACGACCACGUUCUGGUCCACUGGAUCCUAGCUGUCCUGCUUUUGUUCAGAGUGAGGCACCACUUAAUGCAACUGAUCAGGCUGAUCACAUUAAGCUUAAGCAUGGAGAUCGCCCCUUGUCAACUGGAAUACAAGAACCUUCGCGUGCUUCGGCCGCACACUCUCCAGAUUCCAGGUACUUCUCCAUGGAUACUGACAGACCUCAGUCAAGCAAUGCCACAAUGGAAGCUUCAGUUGCUUCAAAGCUGCCAGAUCCAACAUCUUUGGAUAAAGUUGCAAAUGUAGCAAUGAAGGAAUCUUCAGCAACUACUUUUAAAGAGAGAGAAAAUUUGGACCGAUGGAAGAAUGAUCCUUCUCGAGCAGAAGUUGACUUUAGACAGCAGCGAGUCACUAGUUCCACCAGUAGAACAUCCACAGACAGGCCUACAAAAUUGAUGGAAGGUGCAUCAAAUGGAUUUUCUACCACAACAGCUAGUCAACAAGAGAAUGUUCGACCUCUUCUUAGCUUGUUGGAUAAGGAACCCCCUUCCCGACAUUUCUCUGGUCAGCUUGAGUAUGUACGUCAACUCUCUGGGUUGGAAAGACAUGAAAGCAUACUGCCUCUUUUACAUGCAUCCAAUGAAAAGAAAACAAAUGGACUAGAUUUUUUGAUGGCUGAAUUUGCGGAGGUCUCUGAACGUGGAAGAGAAAAUGCCAACGUCGACUCUAUGUCUAGAAUUUCACAAAAGACGGUAAAUAAGAAAGUAACUCCAACAUCUAAUGAGGGAGCUUCUUCUACUUCUGGAAUGGCAUCUCAGACUGCAUCUGGUGUACUUUCUGGUUCUGGAGUUCUAAAUGCUAGACCUGGGAGUGCAACAUCAUCUGGUUUACUUUCCCAUACGGUAUCAACUUUGAAUGCUGAUGUUGCCAGGGAAUAUCUAGAAAAGGUGGCAGACCUUCUACUUGAGUUUGCUAGAGCAGACACAACAGUGAAAUCCUAUAUGUGUAGCCAAAGCUUGCUUAGUCGUCUUUUUCAGAUGUUUAAUAGGGUAGAGCCCCCCAUUCUUUUGAAGCUGUUGAAGUGUAUUAAUCAUCUGUCAACCGACCCACACUGCUUAGAGAAUCUUCAGCGGGCAGAUGCUAUUAAAUAUUUGAUCCCAAACCUUGACCUCAAAGAAGAGCCUCUUACAUCUCAAAUACAUUACGAGGUCCUUAAUGCACUGUUCAACCUCUGCAAGAUUAAUAAAAGGAGACAGGAACAAGCAGCAGAGAACGGAAUCAUUCCACAUUUAUUGCAUUUCAUCAUGUCAUGUUCUCCCUUGAAACAAUAUGCACUGCCUCUACUAUGUGAUAUGGCUCAUGCAUCACGUUAUUCUAGGGAGCAGUUAAGGGCUCACGGUGGGUUGGAUGUGUACCUGAGACUACUUGAAGAUGAGUUUUGGUCAGUGACAGCAUUAGAUUCUAUUGCUGUUUGCUUGGCACAUGACAAUGACAACAGAAAAGUAGAACAAGCUUUACUGAAAAAGGAUGCAGUUCAGAAAUUGGUGAAUUUCUUUCAGUGCUGUCCGGAACAGCAUUUUGUGCAUAUAUUGGAGCCCUUCUUGAAAAUUAUUACGAAAUCAUCUCGAAUUAAUACAACUUUGGCUGUUAAUGGCUUGACACCAUUGCUUAUUUCAAGGCUUGACCACCAGGACGCUAUAGCUCGUCUCAAUCUGCUCAAACUAAUAAAGGCUGUGUAUGAGCACCACCCACGCCCGAAGCAAUUGAUUGUGGAGAAUGAUCUGCCUCAGAAACUUCAGAAUUUGAUUGAGGAGCGCAGAGAUGGGCAGCGCUCUGGUGGACAAGUUUUGGUGAAACAGAUGGCUACUUCACUGCUUAAAGCCCUUCAUAUCAACACUGUUCUGUAAAUUCCGGUGCCUAUAUUACUUAUCCAAAAAAAAAAUUCCGGUGCCUAUAUAUUUUCUCUUGAAUCUGUAAAUUUUUGUGUUAGAAGAAAAUUGUAAUUAGGUCUUCCCCCCCCUUUUUUUUUUACUUUUUUUGUUUUCUUUUUUGGUGUAAUGGUUUUUCUUCUCUUUCCCCCUUUUUAUGCUUCUUUUACUUUCCUUUCCGUUCAUCUCUCUCCUUGCCGGUAUGAAAGAAAAGUUUUUUGAAAAUGUGUGUGUGUUUUUAAAGAAAAAAAAAAAAAAAAAAAAAAAAAAUUGCUGUGGAUAUCUUCAUGGCCGAAAAGUCAGCUGUUUAUUUUUGGCUGCACUGAGCUGCUAAGAUUGCGUCCGUGUUUUCUUUUAUUCAGCUUCCAACUGUCUUCAACUUGGUUGGUUGCAUAUGAUGUAAGUCUUGAUACAAUUAUAUAAAUGUAUACUUGUGUUAUGGAAA